AUGUUAAAACGCCUAACUGUAAUACCGCGAUCUAGCCUGCGACUGGAUUACUCUAUUGGUGUACAUGCUAUUUGGACAACUUAUCAUUUAGGUGCAAGAUGUUAUGCAAAGACAACUCUUUCAAGGAAGAAGACGAGAAAUGAGCAAAUGAAGGUAAUCAAAUUCGAGAUCCCGAAUUACACCUCUGUGAGCGACCUGUCAAAUAUGAUCAACGUCAAAAUAGAGAAAUUAAUGCGAGAUCUGACCAAAAUGGGAUUUGCCAACGUCACCCAUAACUACAUUUUAUCCAGAGAGUAUGUCGAGCUGAUACUUAUGUCAUACAACUACAAGCUCAACGAACAAGCUCCCGCGGUUACUCCGGAAAAUGUUUACGAUGAGCUGAAGUCCCCAAUAAAUCCUGCCAAUCUGGCCAGAAGACCGCCCAUCGUUACAAUCAUGGGGCACGUCGAUCAUGGAAAGACCACGAUUUUGGAUUACCUGCGUAAAUCGUCGGUUGUUUCCCAAGAGCACGGUGGAAUAACUCAACAUAUAGGUGCUUUUCAAGUUGAGACCCCUCUGUCUAAAAGGAAGAUCACCUUUCUCGACACUCCAGGGCAUGCAGCAUUUCUCAAGAUGCGGGAAAGGGGUGCGAAUGUCACCGAUAUCGUUAUCCUGGUCAUUUCAGUCGAAGAUUCACUGAUGCCGCAGACAUUAGAAGCUCUGAAACACGCCAGAAAGUCCGGUAAUCAAAUGAUAGUUGCGAUCACGAAGAUUGAUCGAAUUUCUAAUAAGAAACAGAGAGAGAAGGCAAUUGAAAAAGUGAACGUUGACCUCAUGAAUAAGGAAGUUCCAAUUGAAAGAAUGGGAGGUGAUGUACAAGUUGUCCCAAUAAGUGCCAGAACAGGAGAAAACAUGGACCUCUUAGAGGAAAGUAUUGUCACCCUCAGUGAUGUGAUGGACGUAAAAGCUGAGCAAGAUACCAAAGCUGUAGUGGAAGGAUAUGUGAUUGAAAGUGAAGUCAAAAAAACUGUUGGAAAUGUGAGCACAAUCUUAGUGACCAAGGGAAUUCUACAAAAAGGGUCAAUUAUUAUAUGCGGCAACACGUACUGUAAAGUUAGAUGUAUGACAAACGACAAAGGUCAGAUUAUAACAAAAGCUGGUCCUGCUACUCCAGUUGAAGUAACUGGAUGGAAAGAACUGCCAGGCGCUGGAGAUGAAGUAAUACAGGUCAAGAGUGAAACAAUUGCGAAAAAAUCAGUUGCCAAAAGGUUGGCCACUAUUCAAGCCGCUAAGGAAGCGGAAAAUGUAGACAAAAUAAAUGACCAGAGAGCGUCAGAAGCUAUACUUAAAGUAACGAUGGACAAACAGGCUGACGAAGAACACGAGCAGCUGCAGGAUAACAAUCAAAAACUGGGUCCCAAGAAGAUAAAUUUCAUCGUCAAAGCAGACGUAUCAGGCUCAGUUGAAGCAAUUGUCGAGAGCAUAUCGUCUUUGGGAAAUGAGGAGGUCAAGUGCAACAUAGUAUCAGCCUCUGCUGGAAUACCUAACGAGAGCGACAUGAAAAUGGCUCGUAUUACUAACAGCAAAGUGCUAUGUUUUAACUUAGGCUCGCUUCCUCACGAUGUUAUCAAUAACAAAGAUAAAAUUGAAGUCGGACAAUUCAAUGUGAUUUACAAACUGAUAGAGGAUGUCACAGAAAUUCUUACAAAUAACCUGAAACCUAUGUUCGAGACAAAAGAAGUUGCACAAGUUGAGAUAAGGGACAUUUUCAAUUUUAGUGCUAAAAAGAAGACCAUAAAGAUUGCUGGGUGCCGAGUUCUCAAUGGCCAAGUGAUGAGAAAUUCGAUGAUCAAAAUUAUAAGAGGUCCUGAAGAGGAGGUAAUCUUUGAUGGCCAUAUUGCAUCUUUGAAGCAAGGAAAAGAAGACAUAUCCCAGGUAAAAAAGAAUAGCGAAUGUGGCAUAACAUUUGAAAACAAUUUCGAAGAUUACGAGCCUGGCGACAAAAUUAUUGUCUAUGAAAAACUCAAAAUAACAAGAUAUCUUUAA